AUGCAGCUCAUUACCCUUAUUUCUGCGGCCUCGGCCAUGGUCGCGACCACGUCGGCCACCGCCUCCCUCAGGAGCGCUGUCACCUUGAACAAGGAAUGCAACACGAACAAGCCCUACGCUCGUAUCAUCAACCGUUGCGACUACGACGUUCACCUUUGGUCCGUCUACAAGGGCGAUGGUUGCCCCGAGGAUGGCAUGGUCACUUUGAAGACUGGCGAGACCUACUCCGAGAACUACCCCCCUGCCACUUCCGACAAGACCGGAGUGUCUAUCAAGAUUUCAAAGACGCAACAGUGCAAGGGUGUUGAUAUUACCCAACUGGAGUACUAUCUCGAAACCUCCGGUGACGCCAAGUACCACAACAACUACCUCGACGUUUCCUACGUGGACUGCCUUAGCGAGGAAUGCCCCACCAGACAGGAGGGAUACUACCUUGUUGCAGGCAACCAGACUGGCACAGCGGUCGCGGCUGCUUCUAACACUUGGUGCCCAAUCCUUUCCUGCCACGACCCUGUGUCCUGCAGCAAGAUUUCCUACGUCCUCCCUGACGACGUUCAGACCAAGACUUGCGACCUCCAGUCCAGUAUGGACUUCUACAUGUGCGGUGGAGAGGCGCCCUCUGGUGACUACGGCUCUUCUCCUAGCGAGCCCGAAUCUUCUGCCGAGCCUUCGUCCAGCUCCACCAAGCAGGCCGAGUACUCCGCUGCUAAGCCUACUUCCACGUCCGCUUCUUCGGCUUCCGAUGAGGAGGACUCUUACACAGCGGAUAUCGAGAUUGCUGCUGCCGCCGUCACCCCUGCGCCCCAAAAACAAGACGAGAACCCUUACCAGGGACUCACCAAGACCAAGGUUGUCUACGUUACUGCGUACGAGUACGUCAACGCAAAGAGGCACGUCCACGACCACGCCCGCCGUCACCAGCCUUUCCACGCAUAA